AUGCAGAAUUUGAAGCGGAAGUUGGAAUUAUUGGAAGCUCGUAAGGCUGACAAAAGCAUAGAAGUUGAAAAUUUGGAGUUUCGAUCGGGAAGGAAACGAAAAAGGGAAGUUGAAAAUUGGUUGACAAAUGUACAAAGAAUAAAAGAUGAGGUACGAAGUAUAGAACAAGAAGUCCCCGGGGGCAUAAAUCUUUCACGCGUACAUCUUGGGAAUCAAAUUGAGAAAAUGACCAAGGAGGUGGAAGAACUUUUAGAACAAGGUAAAUUUGCUGAAGGGCUCACAGUAGAUGUGCAAGAUCCCUUAAUACUAUUGACAGUGAAAUUAGUGGGCCAAAAAGCAGAAGAGAGCAUGAAAAAACUCUUGGCAUGCAUAAUGGAUGACAGGGUGUUCAGCCUUGGCAUCUACGGAAUGGGGGGAGCUGGGAAAACCACACUUGCAAUGCAUAUCCACAAUGAGUUCUUAAAGAAUCCUCGAAGUUAUGAUCAUGUUUACUAG